AUCUGCACAUUUUUUAAGGAGCUUGGCUUUAUUUUCCUUUUUCCCUUAAUAACCUUUUUUGGUGCAGAGGCUUGUGUACCAGGCAGGAUCCCUUCCCACCAAAAUAGUAUGCUUAACCCAGGUGGUUAGUGCAGAUGAAUUGAAAGACGACGAGGAAUAUGAAGACAUAAUGGAGGACAUGAGGGGCGAGGGUGGAAAAUAUGGUAACUUGGCGAAUGUUAUCAUCCCUCGACCUGGUCCAAAUGGUGAACCAGUUCCUGGCUUAGGGAAGGUAUUUUUGGAGUAUGCUGACACUGAGGGAUCUACUAAAGCCAGGCAAGGGUUGCAUGGAAGGAAAUUUGGGGAAAAUCAGGUCGUUGCAGUUUUCUAUCCAGAGAUUAAGUUUGCCCAAGGAGAAUAUGAUGGAUAGCUGACAUCGUUGUUUCUAGUACUUUCUUUUUUUUAACAACUUGAAGGCUGUACCAUUGGCUUUUCUGCCGAACUGAUGCUUUGCUAUUGUGUUUGGACAAUUUAGACAGGUAUUAGGGACAUAUGCUGAAGAGUUAAUUAGCUACGCAAAUUUGGCAUCUCUUAUAUGUUAAAAUAGUAUACACAUGAUCGCAUAUUGUGGUAGCAACAUGGAGAUUUGGUGAAUUGCCUGUCAUAGCAGUGUUACAAACAUUUACUA